AUGGAUAUCUUGAAUUCACUACUGAAUAUAGUGGUUCCACCUGCAAGUAUGGUGAUGUUAGCUUUUGCAUGGCCAACUUUAUCUUUCAUACAUGCUUGUGAAUGGGUUUAUCAUAGUUUCUACAGUGAAAACUUGGAAGACAAAGUUGUUGUAAUUACUGGUGCUUCAUCUGGAAUUGGAGAGCAAAUAGCAUAUGAAUACGCAAAGAGAGGGGCAAACUUGGUUUUGGUGGCUAGGAGAGAGUUUAGGCUUUGGGGAAUAAGCAACAAUGCAAGACUUCUUGGUGCAAAACAUGUCAUGUUCAUUGCUGCAGAUGUUGUCAAGGAAGAUGAUUGUAGAAGAUUCAUUGAUCAAACUAUAGAUCUCCAUGGCCGUGUGGAUCAUUUAGUAAACACAGCAAGCUUAGGACACACCUUCUUCUUUGAGGAAGCCGCUGACACCUCCGUAUUUCCGCAUAUGAUGGAUAUUAAUUUUUGGGGGAAUGUUUACCCUACAUUCGUUGCGCUACCUUACCUAAAGCAGAGCAACGGUCGAAUCAUUGUCAAUGCAUCGGUUGAGAAUUGGUUACCUAUGCCUAGAAUGAGCCUGUAUGCAGCAGCAAAAGCGGCUGUUAUAAACUUCUAUGAGACGUUGAGAUUUGAAUUGGGUGAUGAGGUUGGGAUAACCAUUGCAACACAUGGUUGGAUCGGGAGUGAACUGGCUGGAGGCAAGUUGAUGUUGGAGGACAGAGCAGCUGAGAUGCAAUGGAGGGAAGAGAGAGAAGCUCCAGUUAAUGGUGGUCAUGUAGAAGAGUUUGCAAAAAUGAUAGUAUCUGGGGCAUGUAAACGCCAGCCGUACGUGAAACUCCCUAGUUGGUAUGAUAUAUUCUUCGUCUAUAAGGUUUUUGCACCAAAUGUUCUAGCAUGGACGUUUCGCUUGCUGUUUGCAACAAAGGGGUCGCCUAAAAGGAUUACCACCUCCCAGUUCGGGACCGGUAGGCCGUUACUCGAGACUUCUUCUCCUAGAAAGCAACUCACUGGACCUCUUACUUUCUCACCGUUGUCUCUCCAGCACCAAAUGAAGAAUGAAUGAAUAUCCCCUCACUAGCUUCAAACAGCAGUCUAUCUCACAGGUCUAAAGCAUCACGCGGAAAGUCAGGAGCGAAGCAGCUAGCUGUAGCUGCAUCGCGCAUAUGAAAUCAGUUUAUCAUGGAGAUACAUGUAUGUCUAUUGGAUUCGAGACAUAGUUUGAAUUACGUUGUGUGUCGGCUUUGUACAUAGUUUUUUACAAGAGUAAGUAGACUGGAGUCAUUACAUUCUGCGACCCGUCCAUAGAUAAUAAACCUAAAAGCGAAACAGGCCUACAAUAAAUAA